AUGCUGCAGGUGAAAAUUCAACCCCCGGAGCUAAAGGGCUUCAUGGAGAAGAAGCUGAGCAUUCAUCUGAACGCUAACCGGCACGUGACGGGAGUGCUGCGGGGGUUCGACCAAUUCAUGAACCUUGUGCUGGACAACACUGUGGACGAGAAGCUGAAGGUUGACAUUGGCAUGGUCGUAAUCCGGGGAAACAGCAUUGCCACGAUUGAGGCCCUUGAAGCCAUUGGCGAGUAG